AUGCAUCUAGUUCCAAAUCACGAAGCGACUGGAAUCGAGGGAAGAGCGUGUGAGAUGACAUGCUCAAUUGAUACAAGCAGUAGCCCAGGCCAAGAGAAAGGUUGGACACCACUGAUGUGCGCAGCCGAGGCUGGCGACAUCGAUACGCUUACAACGCUGCUUACUGACGGCUGCAACAUCUAUAUCGACGCACGCGACUACGACGGCUGCACGUCGUUGGCGCUGGCUGCCAGGAAUGGACUUGCUGCUGUGGUAGAGCGACUGCUUGAACACAACGCCGAUCCCAACUUGAGCGACCUCGACCAGGUCACACCGUUAUGGAAGGCCGCACGAUAUGGCCAUGCAUCUGUCGUGCAACUGUUGUUAGCGAGUGAAAAGUUGUCAGAUGUUAACCCGCGACCUGCAUUUAUCCAUGAGUACAGACUAGAGACGCCCCUCUCCGUUGCAAUCAAGGAGGGUCAUCAGGAAACAGCCGAGCUACUCUCAGCCGCAGAUGACAUUAAUCCGUGCCUAACAACUCACCUGACCAAGGGGUCUUACUGCCUCGCUAUUCAUGGUGAAUUCGAAGACGUGGCACUAUCUCUACUGGACAAAUGCGACUUUGGGCCCGACGCUGAAGACCCUGGCUGUGAUCCCACAGACACAGUUGAACAUCCAUCGGAUCUCCUGGUUUUCGCCGUUGCCCAUGGGCGCUUUAGACUUGCUAAAGAGCUUUUGAUCAAGCACGAUGCCGACGUUAACGCUGUUCAUACCUACUGGGCAGGGGAAGCACUAGGUUGGUUUACAGACAGCCCACUGGUGGCAGCGUCCAGGCGGGGCGAUCUCAACACCGUCCGUUUAUUGCUAGCUAUGGACGAAAUCAGGCCCAACGCUAGUUCUAACUAUGGCGAUACGGCACUUACCGCUGCUGCCCAGGCAGGGAUUGAGAUUGAUUAUGAGAAUCGCGAUGGGCGAAAUGCUCUUUCGUUUGCGGCUGAGAGUGGUUCUGAGGUUGCGGUAAGCGAACUGCUAGCAACCAGAGCUGCCAACCCGAACAGUCAAGAUUCCCAGGCAAGAACACCGCUUAUCUGGAGUGUGGAUCCUGGGAGUGGAUAUGGCCCUGGCGGUUGGGAGGCGUACGAGGGAGUAGUUCGCAGGCUGCUGGAUGAUAGCGAGAUUGCUGUUGAUGCUAGCGACUCUUCCGGCUGGACGGCGCUAUUAUACGCGGCUAGGAAUGGCGCUUUCGGACUCGUCAUGGCUCUUCUGGAGCACCCUCAGAUUGACCCGAUGGCAGGGCCUACGAACACGUCAGCAUUGACAGAGGCAGCCAGGAAUGGCCAUGCGGACGUGGUCCAGGCACUGAUAAGUAUAGGGCGGGUCGACGUCAACACCGUCCUAGAUCAUUACUAUGAAAGACAAGCACUCAUGAUUGUGGUAGAGCAUGGUAGAGCCGAACAUGAAAAUGCGACUCGAGUGCUGCUAUCGACUCCCGGCAUCGAUGUGAACUUCCAGGAUGAGAAUGGUACGACAGCGCUGAUGUUGGCUGCCUCUGGAGGCACCGUGGCAAUGGUCAAGCUUAUUUUGAAUGCUGGAGGCAAUCCAAACAUGCAGGACAUCAGUGGAAACACGGCUCUUUGCUGUGCGCGGAGCAUCGACGUAUUCGAAGCGCUUCUCAAGGGCACAGGGAUCAAGCCUGAUCUCCCUAACAAAGCGGGACGGACAGCACUUUCGCUGGCCGCGGAGGCCGGCGAGAUCGACUAUGUCAAUGCCCUCCUUGCAAGAGACGAUGUUGAUCCAGACGUGAGGGACAUAUAUGGACGAGGGCCGCUUUCGUGGGUUUUCGGGGAGAAUGGUCUUCGGGAUGCUUGGAAAAAAGAAGAGCGGAAACAAGUUUUGCGGCAGCUACUUCGGAUUCCAACAGUCGAUCCUAAUGCUGCGGACCACUAUGGCCUUACUCCGCUGCUUUUGGCGAAUAUGUCUUAUCACGGUAAUGAAUAUGUCGAGAUCCUACUCUUGAGGCCGGAUCUCGACGCGAAUCGGCCCCGGAUUGGCGGCGGUGACUCUCCCUUGAACACUGAGAAGAGCGUAGGUAGUAUGCACACUGUGGCACUGCUACGCGCAAGGACUGCCCAUGGAUCGGUCGAUUCCGAGGUGUCUGAUGGUUCUGAGACGAGGAUUGCCGCUGAGAAGGGCGUUUCGCCUACUGAUAACUCUGUGUUUGAGUAUACACGGCCACAGCAGCGACGUCGUCGGUCAUUUUCUCAAGGAAGUGGAACGAGUUCGGCAAGCUGUGAGCCCAAUUUCAACGUAAUUCCUGUCCUGGGCUCAGGCUUGCAAGAUAUGCUACGGGAUGAACUCCUCGGGGAGCACAACAUACUCCUACGCGAGGAGCAAACAUACGUCGACGAGUGGGCGGAAAGUAGGGCAAGCAUGUGUUCGUCGUGCUCAGCUAUCGACUUGAGUUCCGCGUUUUCGGCACGCCAUACAAAGUACGGAGGGAAGGUGAUCGCUGACUUGGGCAGAGUCGACGAGACUUGGAAGAACAAGACUUGUCCUCUAUGUCGCCUGUUUGCUGCUGUGCAUCCCCCCACUAGAGUUGAGGGGGGGCACAAGCUGGCCAGCUUCUCCACGACACAAUCCUGGCUCUGCCAUGAACGGAUGCACCGCUGGCACGACUUUCAAUCCAAGCUCUUUGUCGACACGAUGCUGCUCGCUAUAGUGGCUGCCGAUUCAACGGCCAGGUCAAGCGAUGUCGGGGAUGUCGCCAAAGCCGUUUUCUCUUCAGGCCUCAUUGGCCGUCUCGGAAGGAAUGGUCCAGAUCAAGGUUCUGUAACAAUUCCGCGCCUGCCUACCGAGAUAAGUGACUGGAGUGCAGCUAGGGGCUGGAUCACUUUGUGUCGCGAGAACCACUCAGGGGAGUGCAACCCGCGCAAAGCAUCCACCGUGCCGCAUUUCUUUCUAAUCGAGUGCUCUAAAAGACAAGUCAUAGAACAGAAACAGUCUCAAACUGGCCGUCCGCCGCCAUAUGUAGCUCUAAGCUAUGUAUGGGGUCAGUUACAAGGUACUCAGCAACCACCGCAACAGCAGAAGCAGCAGGAAAGCCAUGGCGGAAUAAGAGACGGUAUAGUGGAGCCAGCAAUAGAGGACGUUAUCCGGGUGACAUUAGAGUUGGGCUACAAGUACCUCUGGGUAGAUCGGUAUUGCAUUGUGCAGACCGGAGACGACGCCGUCAAGCAGGAGCAGUUGCGGCAUAUGCAUCUUAUCUAUGCCAACGCCGAGGUGACCCUGAUUGCAGCAGCUGGAAAAGAUUCAUCAGCAGGUUUACCUGGAGCACCAGGGCGUCCGAGGAACCAGCAGCCGGGAGCCAUGAUUCAGGGACACGCUUUGGUACGUAUCCCGCCAGAUCCCUCCCUUCACAUCAGCUCCCGCUCCACUUGGGCCACUCGAGGGUGGACGUAUCAGGAGGGACUACUAGCACGCCGGCGUAUUUUCUUCUCAGAAUAUGAGAUGUCUUAUGAGUGCCGCCACAUGUUGUGCCGUGAGGCCAUUCGCUUGCCUCGCGGCUUAGAGCAGCGCAUUUCUGGGUAUAAGCCACGUUUUAUGGAGCCCUUUUGGAUGUAUCGGCCAUACAAGCUUCCCGGGAUGGAUUCAAACCAAACUGGCGUCGGCCUCUUUGACCUCUUGGCGGUCUAUACAAAACGAAAGCUUUCUCUGCCCUCAGACACCCUCAAUGGCAUGCUUGGCAUCUUCAGUUUACUUGCUCAACACAAAACAAGACCUAUCUACCAUAUCUGCGGUGUCCCCAUCCUGCGCCUCACUGGCCGGCGCCAAAGCAGAUCGCAGAGAAGGGAACAAGAGCCCACAGCGGCCGGAGACAGCCAUGGUACUGAGAUUGCUGCUGCUGAAAGCCUCGGCGGAUUUCUAGACGGUUUGUGCUGGCAACUUGAAGAGCCCGCCCAUCGGCGGUCAGGUUUUCCGAGCUGGUCGUGGACCGGAUGGCAGGGCGCGGUUGCCCGCCUGAAGAGAAGAAACGCUAUUGAGCAAAGCAAUGGAUUUGCGAUAGACGUAUCCAUCAUCCCGGACGGCCAGGGUGAUGCAAUUGCACUGCCCUGGAGCCGCUGCUAUGAUCAAUUGCGAAUGGUGGACGACAGCUGCCCAGACAUACGAUCGGGCCAGCAACACGUCCUCGAGAUCACAGCGAGUGCCGUCUCUGUCAGGUUUCGCAGAGGAGAUUACGACGGUCAGCUCAAUAAGUGGAUCGGUACGGUGUGUGCCGGCUAUGGCGUAUGGCAGGGCGAGUUCUUCCUCACCAGCAAAGAUGUGCCUGUAUCAUCACUGCUGCAGGAGCCUUGGAGAGGUAUAGUAUUGGGAAACUCGAAAAGUAGAACAGACGGCGACCUCUACGAUACGACUGUGGUCGUCGUCCAGGAACGGAAGAAUGAGCGGCAGCGGGGAAGUAUGCAGGACCAUACGUACUGCGAACGUGUUGGCCUGCUUCAUCUGGAGCCUUGUACACUUAAGACUAAUAUGUUGGAUCAACAGACAUGGAGACUCACGUAA